AUGCCAUCGUCGGUGCUACACUGCUUGUUAUACGAUCGGCGAGAAAGAACAGCCAAGUCAAAAUUAACAAUUAUUAACACUGUUGAACGAGAACAAAAAGUUUGUGAAGGAUUUAAAAACCGACAUGGCAAACCACUAAAUCAUUCAUUAUUUAAUAAAGCUGUUCACACUUCAUGUUACAAGCUCAUUUUAUUACAUUUAAAACCGUUAUCUAAUACAAGUAGAUCUGAUCGAUAUGAAUUUAUUCCAGAUGAUAACCGCUGCAUGCCGAUGAUAAAAUAUGAAUGUUCGCCUGUUUGUUCAUCUAUUGUCACUGAACGAAACUCGCUUUAUUCACAUGAACAAGUUUGUGCUAAUGAAGAUUUAAAUGUUGAUCUACCAAUACGUGACAAUGGCUACUUUGUCUCAUCACAUGGUGACAACGAACAGCCGACAUAUUUUACUGAUAAAAAUAAUUCAAAUAAUGAUGAUGUGCAUAUAUGUCCAGUAAUCAUUUUGACACCAGAGAGAAGUAAACCAAUCGAUCAUAAUGAUCAUGAUGAAAGCAACAACUUACAACAAAUUUCUAUACAUCUUGAUACUCCAACAACAUCUUCAUCGAAUACUCCAACAAUCAAUUGUACAAGUGAAACAUGUAUUACAUCCACUGAUUCAUGUCAACAUAGUCGUUUUAGAAGAAAACGAAAAAACAAUAUGAGGAAUCGUAAAAUGAUACAAUUUAGACAAAAUCACAAUGCCUCAAGUUCCCGUCGAUCAGUUCGCAUCAAAUCAACAUUUAAAUCAGCUACACCCAAUCCACAAACUACUGAUAUGUCUCGUCUUUUUUCAACUGCUUUCGAUGAAUUAUGUAGUUGA